AGUGGUUUGUUGAUAGAUAACAUGUUUACUGCUGGACAUAACCUCGAUUAAGACAAUUUAAGGGUGUUUUUUGUAAAGGAUUGCUGUGAAUAUCAUAAUAGUAAAGUGUCGUGGUAAUUAGUGAAGGAUUCGGACCUCCCUUGCCAGUGUGGAGUGACAUGUUAUCAGAGGAAUCCUGUGAUGUGUUGAUUGUUUAUUUUUUUCCGACUACAAUGAUCGGGAAUGUUGCAGGGAUGAUUAUUAAUUAUCCACGGGAUUACAAACAAAGUCAAUACCGGUACAAGGAUGUACUAACGAUAAACAAUCAUGUCCAUUAGUUACUUUUUUCGUUUGCAACUCCCGGAGGGCUAAGUUCAUUGUAAUCCCAUCCCCCAACGGAACUCCAACAGACGCAGGCGUCAGCGUCCAUCAGUUUCAGUUCUUCAUGGUUCUUCAGUUGUGUAGAAGCUAUUGCAGUGAUCACAGAGUCAUAGUCGAGAAGGAUAAUAAACAAAUAAGCCAAAGUAAACUGUUAGAAACCAUUAACAAAAGCACCGAAGCCCAAGUCAACCAGACAGGCUGUUCCCCUUGUGCUCAAGGGAUUAUAAAAAAUCGAGUGAUUGAAUAAUCUUUGAAAAACUGUAGCUGAAAACCGGUGAAAAAUGGUGAUGUCUCAGUGCUACGGAAUUAUAAAAUAUACGCUUGUUUGCGUUACGUUGAUAUUUUUGGCCCUCGGCGCAACAGCAAUGGGCCUCGGCUUGUGGAUGAUAGGAGACAACACAUUCAUCGUAUCGCUCACCCAAGAAACGACUAAUUACUAUGCAGGACUGUAUAUUAUGACCAUUGCAGGGGGUCUCCUCAUCGUUGUUGCCCUGCUCGGUUGCUGGGGUGCAUGUCACGAGUCCCAGUAUGUCCUCGUUUCCUUCUUCAGUGGCCUGUUAGUCAUCGUCGUGGCACAGAUUGCCGCUGCUGCAUGGCUCUACACUCUUCGUGAUACAAUGGCACCGCUUGUCAAGAAGACAUUCGCAGAAACCGUUAAAAACGAGUACGGUGUCCUGUCUUAUCGGACUGAUAGCGUUGACGCAUUCCAAUCUGGCUUAGGAUGUUGUGGAGCAAAUGGACCGGACGAUUGGGCUGGGAGUAAAUACAAUGCGAAGGGCUCAACUCUCACUGGGCUCAGCGUCCCCGUCACUUCGACUGGAAACAACAAUUAUGAAUUGCCCGAGUCCUGCUGCAGGAAUAGGGCUUCUGAGGACUGUCGCAGAGCACGUCAAGUGAAAAUUGGAGGAUUUGUCGAUAAUGCAAUUUAUGCUGAGGGCUGCGUCGACAAAUUAAUCAGCAGUUUGAAUGACCAGGGCUGGACGAUUCUCAUCAUAGUAAUUGCCGUUGGUAUCGUUGAACUCAUUGGACUCAUAUUCUCUCUAGUGCUCUGCUGCGCUGUUGGAUCGUCGGAUCGAUACAAGGCUUAAGAACUCAUUCUCGUACAUUAAGAUUUCUUUUCUUGAGUCGUAAGCACCAGAAUUGAUUGACAGACUUUCAAAGUGUUGACAUUUUACCAAAGAUAUAUUCAUUUUUCCUGGUACGCCAUUGUUCAACAUCUGAGUACCAUUUUGACAAUGUUUGGCACAAGAUUGUUCGAUCAAAAUACCACAAAAACUUGCCAAUAAUUAUUUUUUAUUGUAGGAUCCUUUUUUCUACAUGUGAAUCUCAAAAAAGGAAUGUUUUUUAAUCUUUUAUGGGUAAACAAUUCUGCGCCCGCUGAACUGAUUAAUACACUUUCUCUAUUUAUUAGAAAGUUCUUUUGGAUAAUUUUUUUACUAAUAAAUACAACGGUAAAAAUGAACAAAAAAAUAUAUAUAUAUACACACAAAGAUAUACAUUUAUUUCGAAUUGAAUUCGAGCAGUGAAUGCUUCUUUCAAUCUCCCAAUCUUCUAUACAUAUUUAUUAAAUGUAAUUGACCCGUGAGAGCCAAGCUAGUGAUAGGAAGAGAUGAUAGCAGAUAAAC